UUGCCUAGCAACCGGAGGCCAAACAACGGAGAAGCUCGGAGAGGGGGGAUUCUGGGCGAGCAGGGAAAGGAGGUGGUGUGUCUUGGAACAGGUCUGGGGUUUGGGACUCACCACCCCGCACCAUGGCCACAUUCCGUGUCAAGCCGAGUCAGCACUUCCGGCUGCCCGACUGGCAAACUAAUAGCUACUUGCUGUCCACCAAUGCGGAGCGGCAGCGAGAUGCUUCCCAUCAGAUCCGUCAGGAGGCCCGGAUCCUCCGCAAUGAGACGAACAACCAGACUAUUUGGGAUGAACAUGACAACAGAACUCGACUGGCAGAGAGGAUUGAUACUGUCAACCGGUGGAAAGAGAUGCUGGACAAGUGUCUGACUGACUUAGAUGCUGAGAUUGACACCCUGACACAGAUGAAGGAAUUAGCAGAGCAAAAUCUGCAGGCCAAGAACCUACCAAUGGAUGUGGCCAUUGAAUGCCUGACCCUUCGGGAGAGUCGGCGAGACAUUGACUUUGUGAGGGAUCCUGUGGAGACUGAGCUGCGUAAAGAGGUGGAGGUCAUUGAGGCCACCAAGAAGGCAUUGCAACAGAAGAUCAACCAGGCCUUCGAGCAACUCUGCCUCCUGCAGGAAGUCCAACAGCAGCUCAACCUUGACCAUCGGGGCAAAAUGGAGACGCUGGAGAUCGACAGAGGCUGUCUCUCUCUCAACAUAAAGGCCCCAAACAUCUCUCUGAAGAUUAAUCCUGCACGUGUCCCCAAGGGCUCCACCACCCUCCAGCAAUGGGAUGACUUCAGUCAGUUCAACAAGAACCGAGCAGAGGCUGAGAUGAAAUCAGCCACGGAGCUGAGGGAGGCCAUCGCCCUAACUAUUGCGGAGACCAACAAUGAACUUGAAGCCCAAAGGGUUGCAACAGAAUUUGCCUUUCGGAAACGGCUGCAGGAAAUAGAGAAAGUGUACAGCGAACUUAAGUGGCAAGAAAAGAACACUUUGGAGGAGAUUGCUGAGCUGCAAGAGGACAUCCGGCACCUGGAGGAGGAUCUGCGCAGAAAGAUUCUAAACCUGAAGUUGGUCCACACCCGGCUGGAGUCCAGAACCUACAGGCCCAAUGUGGAACUCUGUAGGGACCAGGCACAGUAUGGCCUCACUGAUGAGAUUCACCAGUUAGAGGCAACCAUCCAUGCCUUGAAGCAGAAGCUGGCACAAACACAGGAUGCUCUGGAUGCCCUGAACAAGCACCUGGCCCGGCUACAGGCUGACAUUGCUUGCAAGGCUAACUCCAUGCUGCUGGACACCAAGUGCCUGGACACGAGACGCAAGCUUACUGUGCCUGCUGAGAAGUUUGUGCCUGAGGUGGACACCUUUAACCGCACCACAAACCGCACCCUGAGUCCACUCAAAACCUGCCAUUUGGAGCUGGCAUAGUAUAGACGGAGUGGGUGGUAGGAAUUUGAUGGGAAAUGGGUUGGGGAAGAGAAUGAGACCUAAUAAAUAUGUAGGCUCUCAA